UCAUCUCUCUGUGUUUUAACAUCCGUGUUAGCGUCUCUUCCUCCAGCCUCUCCUUCUCUCCAUCCUCCCCGACGAGCCGCAGCUGGAGGCGGAGGAGGAAGAUGAUGGAGGACCGGAGCGUGUCCGCCUGUCUGCCGGGGAGGAUUUAACGCAGCGAGGGCCAAUAAACGGAAAUAAUAUUCUUCUAAUAUUCCUGUAAUAUCCCUGUAAGAGCGCUGCAGGGUCUCCCGGUGUGUCUGCGGUGCUCCACAGGAAGCGGAGCUCAUCGUCCUGCAUGGCCUCUGUGGCUGCAGGGUUCUGGGGUUCUGCUGCCUGCUGCUCACACUCCAAAUUCUCCAGAACCAGCAGUCUGAAACUGGGACGAGGCCGUUCACCACCGGCCAUGUUGUCCAGUCGGAGGUGUUCAGGUGUGUCCGGUCUUGCGGGCGGAGCGGUGUCCCCGGGGCCAGUGGUGGCAGAGGUUGUGGAGCCAGGUGGGGGGUCGGGGGAGGCCAAGAGGGAGCUGUUUGAGGCCUGUCGGAGCGGAGACCUGGAGCGAGCUCGCAAACUGGUGACGGCCGAGAACGUGAACAGCCGGGACACAGCGGGGAGGAAGUCGACACCGCUGCACUUUGCUGCAGGUUUCGGUCGGAAAGACGUUGUGGACUUCCUCCUCCAGAAUGGAGCCAACGUGCACGCCAGGGACGACGGAGGGCUGAUAUCCCUCCACAACGCCUGCUCCUUUGGGCACGCUGAGGUGGUGAGCCUGUUGCUUCACCACGGGGCGGAGGCUAAUGCCAGAGACAACUGGAACUACACUCCACUCCACGAGGCAGCUAUCAAGGGCAAGAUUGACGUCUGUAUAGUGUUGCUGCAGCAUGGUGCCGAGCCGACCAUCAGGAACACAGAUGGUCGGACGGCUCUGGAUCUGGCAGAACCGUCGGCCAAAGCAGUUCUGACAGGUGAAUACAGAAAAGAUGAGCUUCUGGAGAGUGCGAGGAGCGGUAAUGAGGAGAAGCUGAUGGCUCUGCUGACACCGCUCAAUGUCAACUGUCACGCCAGCGACGGAAGAAAGUCGACACCAUUACACCUGGCCGCCGGCUACAACCGCGUCAAGACUGUCCAACUGUUACUGCAGCACGGUGCGGAUGUGCACGCCAAGGACAAGGGAGAUUUGGUUCCUCUUCAUAACGCCUGUUCAUACGGUCACUAUGAGGUCACUGAGCUGCUGGUGAAGCAUGGAGCCUGUGUUAACGCCAUGGACCUGUGGCAGUUCACUCCUCUUCAUGAAGCUGCCUCGAAGAACCGUGUUGAGGUGUGUUCUCUCCUGCUGAGUUAUGGAGCCGACCCCACCUUCCUCAACUGUCACAAUAAAAGCUCCAUCGACCUCGCUCCCACCGUGCAGCUUAAAGAGCGGCUGGCCUAUGAGUUCAGAGGUCACAGCCUGCUGCAGGCAGCCAGGGAGGCCGACGUGCUGCGAGUCAAGAAGCACCUGAAUCUGGAGACCAUCAGCUUCAAACAUCCACACACUCAGGAGACCGCACUGCAUUGUGCGUCUGCCUCUCCGUACCCAAAGAGGAAACAAGUGUGUGAAAUUCUGUUGAGGAAGGGUGCCAACGUCAACGAGAAGAAUAAAGACCUGCUGACCCCUCUCCACAUAGCGUCAGAGAAAGCCCACAACGACGUCAUCGAGGUUUUGGUCAAACAUGAAGCCAAGGUGAAUGCGGUGGAUCACCUCGGCCAGACGGCGCUGCAUCGAGCUGCUCACUGCGGACACCUGCAGACCUGCAGACUGCUGCUGACCGCCGGCUGCGACCCGCUGCUCACGUCACUGCAGGGACUGUCAGCUUCACAGCUGGGCAACGAGAGCGUGCAGGAGAUACUGCAAGCAGAGGGAGUUUUGAUCGGGAACUCUGAGGUGGACCGACAGCUGCUGGAAGCCUCCAAAACAGGAGAUCUGGACAUUGUCAAGAAGCUCUGCACAAUGCAGAAUGUGAACUGCAGGGAUGUGGAGGGUCGACAGUCCACGCCGCUGCACUUUGCCGCCGGCUACAACCGGCUGGCUAUUGUCCAGUUCCUGCUGCAGCACGGAGCCGACGUGCACGCCAAGGAUAAAGGCGGUCUGGUUCCUCUCCAUAACGCCUGCUCAUACGGUCACUAUGAGGUCGCUGAGUUGUUGGUCCUCCAUGGCGCUGUGGUGAACGUGGCCGACCUCUGGAAGUUCACACCGCUGCACGAAGCUGCCGCCAAGGGCAAAUAUGACAUCUGUAAACUCCUGCUGCAGCACGGUGCUGACCCGACCCGGAAGAACCGGGACGGGAACACCCCUCUAGAUCUGGUGAAGGACGCCGACACGGACAUCCAGGACCUGCUGCGGGGCGACGCCGCGCUGCUGGACGCCGCCAAGAAAGGCUGCCUGGCCCGAGUGAAGAAACUCUGCACGCACGACAACGUCAACUGCAGAGACACACAGGGGAGACACUCCACACCGCUGCACCUGGCUGCGGGCUAUAACAACCUGGAGGUGGCGGAGUACCUGCUGCAGCACGGAGCUGAGGUCAACUCUCAAGAUAAAGGAGGACUGAUUCCUCUGCACAACGCUGCCUCCUAUGGGCACGUAGACGUGGCCGCUCUGCUCAUCAAGUACGACGCCUGCGUCAACGCCACAGAUAAGUGGGCGUUCACUCCGCUGCACGAGGCUGCUCAGAAGGGCCGCACGCAGCUCUGCGCCCUCCUAUUGGCUCACGGGGCAGACCCCACCCUCCGCAACCAGGAAGGACAGUCAUCGCUUGACUUGGUCACGGCGGAUGAUGUCCGGGCGUUGUUAACCGCCGCCAUGCCUCCCUCUGCUCUCCCCGGCUGUUAUAAACCUCAGGUCAUCAGCGUGGCAGCGUCGGCCUCUGGUGCUCCACCCAUUGCCAUGGUCCCACCACUUCUGUCCUCUUCUUCCUCUUCUUCCUCCUCCUCUUCCUCCUCCUCAGGUCUUGAAGCCACAGCAGCGGCUGCGACCAACAGCAGCGCCACCGCAGCUUCUAACACUUCAAGCUCGUCGUCUACACCGCAGCCCUCGUCUUCUGCGUUCCCUGAGAUGUCGGCGCUGCUGUCGGCGGUCGAAGGCUCACUGGGUGCUGAGAAGAAAGAGGAAGUUCCAGGAGUUGAGUUCAGCAUCUGUCAGUUCUUGAAGAAUCUGGGACUGGAGCAUCUUCUGGAGAUCUUUGACAGAGAGCAGAUCACUCUGGAUGUGCUGGUGGAGAUGGGUCACCGUGAGCUGAAGGAGAUCGGCAUCAACGCCUACGGACACCGACACAAGAUCAUCAAGGGAGUGGAGAGGCUCAUCAGCGGGCCGCAGAGUCUCAACCCCUACCUGACGUUGAAUACAGCCAACAGUGGGACAAUCCUGAUCGACCUCGCAGCUGACGACAAAGAGUUCCAGUCGGUGGAGGAGGAGAUGCAGAGUACAAUCAGGGAGCACCGAGACGGCGGCCAUGCUGGAGGAGUCUUCAACAGAUACAACCUGGUCAAGAUCCAGAAGGUUUGCAACAAGAAGCUGUGGGAGAGGUACACUCACCGCAGGAAGGAAGUUUCAGAGGAAAACCACAACCACUCCAAUGAGCGCAUGCUCUUCCAUGGCUCUCCGUUCGUCAACGCCAUCAUCCACAAAGGCUUUGACGAGCGUCACGCCUACAUCGGCGGGAUGUUCGGCGCCGGGAUCUACUUUGCCGAGAACUCGUCAAAGAGCAACCAGUACGUUCACGGGAUCGGAGGGGGGACAGGCUGCCCACUGCACAAAGACCGCUGCUGCUACAUCUGCCACAGGCACCUGUUGUUCUGCAGGGUGACUCUGGGGAAGUCCUUCCUGCAGUUCAGUGCCAUGAAGAUGGCUCACUCACCGCCGGGUCACCACUCUGUCACCGGCAGGCCAAGCGUGAACGGUCUCGCUCUGGCCGAGUACGUCAUCUACAGAGGAGAGCAGGCGUAUCCAGAGUACCUGAUCACAUACCAGAUCAUGAAACCUGACGAGUCUGCAGACGGAUGAGGAGGAAGAGGACGAUGAAGGAAGUGUCAGAGGAGGAAAAUACGAAGAAAUGCAGAAGAAGAGAGCUCACCUUAUCCUAUCAGCUGAGCCGUGGCGUUACUAACUGCAUGCACAAAGAAAAACUUUAUUUAUACAAUGUAUAAAACAUGUAGGUUUUUAUCAGACGCCUGUUGUUUUUUUUCUAUAGUUUGUUUUAUGCACUUUAUGAACCAUGAGUUGUUUCAUGAUGUGACGUGAUGUGACUGUUGAGUUUGUCCUUUUGUCACUAAAACAGUAUCGUCCAGUGAUUCGGGGUGCUGCGGCUUCAGAGAGGACUUGUCACUUUUAUCACAUCAGUGUCAUAGUUAGACACAAAGCACAUCGUCGCCAACGCUUAACAUGUUGUUGACAGGAUAUCUGGGAGUAAUUCCAACCAGUAAGAGACCACUCACCUGUACUACCCAGUACUGACUGAUGCCUCAGUCAAAAAAAGUCAAACAUCUUGUUUUUAGUUUGACAGCUGACACCAUUUUUAUUUACCCAGCAUGCAUUUAUAGGCAUUAAUAAAAGUAAAGAUGGCCACAUGUUCUUGAUCCAUACAGUAACAUUUACUUCUUAAACUAAAGCGACUUACAGUGAGAUGUUUUCACAGCUAACAGUUGUUCUCAGAAACAUAAACCGUCACUGAAAUUCAUUGUUUUCUGACACUGACGUUAUUGGAAGUGACUCGUCCCUUCUGAAAAGUCUCUCUCUGACAAACAUUUCCACAAACAACUCUUAUGUGUUGCCUGGCAACAUCCUAACGAGGUGAAGUAUUGGUUUUAUUUUACAAAGAUGUUGUGUAAUCUUCUUUUGUACAAGCAUGUUAGUUCAUUAACAUUUAUAAUGUUGAAAAGAAAAAUCUCUGCUGGGGUUUGGAGACAGUCUGAAGACGUGAUUUUCUUUCUGCGGCUCUGGAGAGUUCAAUUCAUGAAUCAGCCUUAAUGAGAAGCAGCAUAUGAUUGGAUAGCACUGUGCUGAUCAGCCAAUCACAUGACGUGAGAAAACCUGAAUAUGUUUAUCAGCAGCUGAAACCUUUUAUUAAGACAUACAAAUGGCAGAGAUGUCCCUGAUGACCCACAAUGUCCCACAGCUCCCAAUCAAGGGGUCAUUGUUCAUUUGAUAUUUACAUUUGUAUUUAUU